CCAAUUCUUCCGGCAAAACAAAACGAUUGUCGAUGGUUCUUGUCAGUCUCAUAUCGCUACCGAGGCGAAAGCACGCGAAGAGGCGUUUUUUAAUCCACAUUAUAAGUCGCAUGUUAAGACGCAUUCGUAUGAAUCGGAACGUUUUCGUCAUUCAAAAUUUAAAAAGUGUUUUGAAGUUUUUGUAUUUUUAUGUGUCGGCGUUUCUUUGUUUCUAACUGGAUGGUACAAACAGACAUGCCGUCCUGACGUUUAAGAGCUGCGAGUGAUACAGCAAACAUACAUACACGAAAUGUAAACAGGCGUCACAAUGCUCCUAACCAUAUGUAAAUCAUGCCAGUACUGCCUGGAGACGAUGUACUGGAAAUGCUGCGAGGAAAAGUUCUGCUUUGACAAGAAAAUCGCCGCUUACAAACUAGAUGAUGAUCAUCCGAACGGAUACUCGAACGGCUACGCAAACAUGGGCGCGAGCCUGGAUAGUGUAGUCACAGAGCAGCCCAUAAACAACAACCACCUGCAGCAGAGAGACAUCAUCGGUCGGCAGCUCAACGAGCUGCCUAUACAUGCUGACAAACUGUACGAGGUAUUCUCCAAAUCCAUGAUAUUUAGAGACGACCACGAAUUAAAAUCCAAAGGCAGCAACGACUCUCUUGACGAACUUGAAACUAAAUCAGAACCAGACUACUUAGACAAACCAAAUAGAACCAAAGUAUAUUUCGAAGAUGAAGUAGAUUCUCCAGUUACCGACUUUGAAAUUAUGUUCAAAGAUGAACUUCUAGCAGGUCACGAUAUGUUUAAAAUUGAGGAAGAAGAAGAAAGUGAUAGUAAAAGCCAAGAUACUGAAGAGGGCCUAGUUAUGAACGUAGAAGUUAAGAAACAAGAUGUAAUAAAACCUACUACAGUGACAGUCAAAGAUGAAUCCAAGAUAACGACUCAGAGUUCCAUUUAUAAGUACGAUCCCGUAUCAGUAGUGGCCUUACCAUCUUCCCUUUCUUUACCAAGAGUUGAAAGCGUUAAGGGAAUCCUAAGAUUAAAAGGCGAAAGUAUGCCUAGAAGUUUCAGUGCUAGGGCUUUGGAAAGAGUUGACAGUGGCAGUAAAUUAGCAAAACCAACUCUUAACAGAGUAGAGAGUUUGAAAAAUAUAGACCCUAUGAAAAUUAACAAAGUAUUAUCACGAGUGCCACACAGAAGUGCAUCUUUCUUAAAUAUACCCGAACAUUUAAUACCAGAAAAGCCCCCGUUGAUGAAGAGUAAGUCUACAAUAGGCGUGACGUCUUUAGAGCAAGAAGUUAAACUAGGAAGGUUGCCCGACACACCAAUAAUAAGGAGUAAUAAUCUGCCGAGAUUCUUCGCCGAUAGUCCUUCACUCCCUGAAUAUAAGGGCGAUACUAGUUUGCAAAGCAUUAAACAAAAAUCAGCACUGAUGAUGCAAGAAGAUUAUAGCAUGCCAAGGUACUACGGUGCAGCAACACUAAUGGAAAUAGCGCCAGUCCAUGAAAGCAAGUCUAUGCCUGAUUUGAGGAACCCCAUUUCAACUGGUAAAGUUAGUAAAAGGUUAGUGAAAUUAAGGAGCAGGUUGAAGCCUCUAGUUAUCAGAAAGAAUUCGGAUGAGAAGUUAUAGACGAAUUAAAAACGACCAUUGAAACGAACACAUAUUCUUUACUCUUGAUAUAAUUGAUGUUUAAUUAGAAGAACAGAAAUAAGGAUCAAUUAGUCUAGACAAUAAUAUAUUUACUGUAACUAGAUAAAUUGUGAUGAAUGAGAAUGAUUGUGAUUUCUAUAGUAUUAAUUUUAGUUUAUGAUUAUGAUGAUACCUGCACUGGUGGCCAUUUUCAAUAAUUUGUGCAAUUUUAUUAUUUCUUUAUGUAUUGAAAACACAUUUCCUAAUUGUAAACUAUGUACAAUUUCAAAUGUCUCUAUAGUUUCUGUAGCCCAAUUAAGUUACCUUUAUGUUUGUAAGACGUGUCUUAAGACUAGAAUUGUAAGUACUUAAUUAAUGUUACUAGUUUUUAUCACAAAUAAAUUUCAUAUUUUAUAGAAAAAUAUUGAAAAGAACGUUAGUAUUAUUAGAAUUAACUUGAUCAGUAUUUAUUGCUCAAAACUUAAGUACCUUGAUGAAUGUAAUUAUUUUAACUGAAAUACUUAAUUUGGUAAUAUCAUCAAAUUAUAUUCUUGUAGGUGCUCCAUUAUUGAAGUAUUUACCUACUUUAAUAUUUGACUCUGAGACAAUUCGAACAGCAUAUUUUUUUUGAGACGAAAUAAUUUAAAUAUGAAAACUAUGGAAAUAUUUCGGAGUUUUUGAUGGGGUAAAAGACGAACGACGGGGCAAGAAUAACACUUUAUGUAAUCGUCAUGCCUCGAGUAAAAUAAACUAUGUUAUUUUUAUUCCAUCUCACUUUUAUACUAGACUUCUGAAGAAUUAAUUUAUAUAAAUAACUGUACGUAAUGUUCAUACUCCAUAAACUUAAUCGAUAUUUUGUUUCGUAGUACUUACCUAUAUUAGGACAUUCGAGAAGUAAAUGUUAUUUUUCUAGUCAUUUCAUCACUUAGCUAAAAUAAUUGUAAUGUUAUAAGUAGAUUAAUAAGAUCUGCCGCAUGGAAAUGUACUUUUUCUUAAUAUUGCCUACGGAUUAUACUACGAAUGGAGUAAAGUCUUAAAAAAUA